CUGGUUUAACCCAUAGCGCCACCCAGCGGCAAGAACCGGAAAACUCCAUAGAAGCGACGAUGGCGGAUAGCAAGCAAAACAGGAGAAGUUACACCGACGACGGAGGGCCGCAGGAGGAGGGAGACAGAGUGAAAACUAAGCCUGUCUCUUGUAGUACUGUGGGAGGCGAUGGGGCCGCUUACAAACGUACAUCCCAGCACCUCUCUGCUGAAGAGGAGGACGAGUCUUCAGAAGACCCGCCGGCACCUCGCAAAGUCUCCAAAUUGGGCUUUAGCAUGAGCAGCCAGGCGGCAACCAAAUCAAACGCCAUAUCUAUCAAACUUGGAGCAACGAAGCCCAAAGAGCCUGUCCCAUCACUUCCACCAAAGAAGCCAGCAUUGGCAUCUGUUUUUAACGACAGCGACGAUAGUGAACCAGAAGAGAUGCCCCCAGAAGCAAAAAUGAGGAUGAAGAACAUUGGGAGGGAGACACCAACAUCUGCAGGACCUAAUUCCUUCAACAAGGGCAAGCAGGGCUUCUCUGAUCAUCAAAAACUUUGGGAGCGAAAGAUAAAAGCUCAAGGAGACAAACUGUAAAUCAAAACCACACGUACUCACCAUCAGGUUACUUUACAUCCAUGAAGGGUAAAUGUUUUCUGACUUGGUUUUUGUACCUCGUCAUCUUUAUCAAGACGCUACAAGAAUACAUUUUGUUUGCUGUGGUUGUGGUUAAAUUUGUGCUUCUGAACAGUAAUGCUGAAAGGUAAUCGGAAACUAGAGAAUUGCCAAUCCCCUCUGUCAAGACAGUGUAACCCACUUCUGGGGGAAACAACAAGAGCCACAACAUUGUCAACUGUUCACCGCAAUUUCUUUCAAUUGACUCGGUGAAAAGAUCUCAUACAAAACAAUGCGUUGUUGUUUUUUUUCCCCUUUGAAAUAAUUGUUCUCAUCUGGAGCUAGUUCAACUUUGCUGCAUGUUUUCUGUUUGUGUAUAAAAUGUACAUAAAGUUGUGACAAUGUUUUAUUUUUGAAAUUACAAAUUGGGAGUGUGUCAUGUAAAGCUUAAAUGUUAUGCAACUAGACAAGACACAUUAUGCACCCUUUGGUUUGUGUAAGAACGUCUAUGUACAACUUGUUUUUGCCUGUUUUGCUCUAAAAGACGCUUUGUAAUUCUUGCCUUGUGUUAGCUUGAUAAGAUCUUGGUACCUGUAUUUUUUUAGCAACUUCAUAUUCUCCUAUGUUGUUCCAAAUUGGGAAACCUUUGCUAAAAAUGUGUGAUUAUAUUUUGACAUUUUUUCCCAGCUGUUGGCUCAUUCAGUCAGCGAAUAAAUCAAUACAAUUUUGCUGGUAGACACUAUUAAACACUUUCUUUUUAGUUUCUAUAUGUUAAGCACCAAGUAAGUGCUUUCAUAUGCUCUUCAUUGCUACUUUGCUAUGUAUUCAGUCCUUUUAUUUUUGGGUAAAUGUCCAACCGCAUUGAUUUGUAAUGUGCCUAAAGCUCACCGAUUCCCCUUCAAACAAAAUCUGGUCUUUGUACAUCUUUGUGGUUUACCUAAAGUUUGUGCAGUCAUCUCCAAAUAAAUAUCAGAAACAUCA